CGUUGCUUAUCGACUCUCAUACACCCGUUGCCGAAAUGCCGCCCGCGACUCCGGCGGACAAAACGUCAGAGAACGUGCAAUGAUGUAACGCGGGGACGGGAACCUGAGCAAAGCUCUGCCCAUGCGUACCGCGUUUCAAUGGCCGCCGCUUUCGUACAUUAGCUACCAAGCAGGAGUGCGAUCAUUGGUCGACAAAGCUGAUGCUGAUAGGCAGUAUUGGGAGAUGGAUGUUUCUCGCGCAACCUGACUGGCUCAGGCGACGCAAUUGACUUCACCACUAGAUCUAGUCUAGAAGUCUACGACUCGAGCUGUCUCGACGUCAACGAGGAGGUGGGCGGGAUGUCUUGGAAUACAAAAUGGCAGCGUAAACCCGCCUUUUUGAGGGGAUUUCUCGAUAUCUGCUCAUACGACUCAAGCUUCACCAGAACAGCAUAUCCACUUCUCGCAGCCCGCAAUAUAUCAUCAUGUCUUCUCUUCCCAAGACUUACAAGGCGGUCGUCAUCCCCAAAGCCAAUGCCCCCUUGAAACUCCAAGAUGUCGAUCUCCAGCAGCCCGGCCCUGGGACGGUGCUCGUCAAAGUGAAGGCGUGCGGUGUCUGCUUUUCGGAUGUUGGGACUGUCAGCGGCCACAUGGGCGACGUCUUCCCCCGUGUUCCCGGCCACGAGAUUGUUGGUGAUGUCGUCGCCGUUGGCGAGGGCGUCACACGUUUCAAGGGUGGUGAGCGUGUCGGCGGACCUUGGCACGGUGGCCACGACGGUUGGUGCCGUGCCUGCCAACGGGCUCAGUUCCAGAUGUGCGACAACGAGCAAAUCAACGGCGUGACCCGCGAUGGUGGGUUUGCCGAGUACGUCGUGCUGCGAGCAGAGGCUGUUGUUCAGGUGCCCAAGGAGAUAGACCCUGCCGCCGCGGCCCCGUUGCUGUGCGCGGGCGUCACCGUCUUCAACGGCCUGCGCAAGGCGCACGUAGAGCAAGGCAACCUCGUCGCCGUGCAGGGUCUCGGCGGUCUUGGCCAUCUGGCUGUCCAGUACGCCUACAAGAUGGGCUACGAGGUGGCCGCUCUGUCCUCGGGCGACGACAAGGCUGCCUUUGCCAAGGAGCUCGGCGCCCACCACUACAUCAACACCAAGACGCAGGAUGCGGCCAAGGAGCUCAUGAAACUCGGCGGUGCCGCGGUCGUUCUCCAAACGGCCCCGAGCCCAAAGGCUGUCACUGAACUCGUGGGCGGUCUCGCUCCCGCUGGCCAGCUCAUCAACCUGGCACCUGUGGGCAACGCCGAGGUCAACACUGUCGCGCUGGUCCUCAAGGGUGCUUCGGUGCAGGGGUGGCCCUCUGGACACGCGCUGGACUGCGAGGAGGCCAUUCGAUUCGCCAUGAACCACAAUGUCAAGUGCUACAUUGAGAAGUACCCCUUCGCCAAGGUGCAGGAUGCGGUGGACAGCUUGGUGGCCGGCAAGCCUCGCUUCAGGAACGUGUUAAUUAUGGACUAGGUUUGGCAUAUAACGAAUGGACUCGGUGGAGAAUUUAAGCCAGUUCAUAAGGAAGAAGU